AUGCCCCCUCGUCCCUUCCAGCCUCAUGGCUCGCCGAUCGUCGUCUCCUCUCAUCCCCAUGCCAUGGUUCCUAUGCCGCCCGUCAACCGCUCGCUUGGACAGACUCCCCCCAUCGCCCACUCGCGGACGCCGCCCGUCAUGAGGACCCAGACGCCUCAACCCGCACCCUCGACCCCAUCGGUGACAUCGCACACCCAUGUCUCCUCACCGACGCCGCCUACCGAUAUGACAACUCCCACCCCUCCGCCUAUCACGCCUUCCGGGCCUUCCUUUUCCGCCGCUCCUCCAUCGCCCACUGAGACACAUAGAAUGCCAUACUACCCUAAGCUGCCCUGGCUGUCUGUCCCUGAUGAACCAUUUCCGCCACGAUCUGCUCGAAGAAGAAGGAAACGACGGACUCCGGUGUCUGCUGAUGGGGAUAGUACGGCAUUUCCCUCGCGCGACGAUGCCGCGGUCAAAACGGAAACAGAAGCGGAGGUGGAUGCACAACAGUCUCCCACGGCGCGUGCAAGAGAAUCGGAUUCUUCUACCAUCGCUGCUACCCCGGACGUGGAUACGCCAACAACCUCCCAAGCCCCGUCAGAAGUUGAACUUGAAUAUGCACAAACACUCUCGGCAUCGUCACCGAAGUCAACUCAACCGACCAAAGCACCAAUCUCUUCACAUACCCGAACUGCUACGAUUCCUGCUAUUCCUUUGGUCCCUAUCAAAUCAGCUAAAGCGCCGAGUGUCGGUUCUACGACCCAAAAAUCAGCAAAAUCGGUUGUGGUAGACAAGGAGGGACUCAAGAAGACGGAGGAAGUUGCAGCGACGCCCGCUGCGGAGAGCAAUAUUUCUGACGAAACCCCGAAAGCUUCUCCGCCGCCGAAACAACCUGUGAGCUCGUGGGCUGCGCUGCUGAGAUCAAAAGCCAGUGCUGCAGCCGGCCAGACUCCUGUUCCUCCUCACGGCGUUAUCGCCGCCAACGGUGCCCCCGCGUCGAAGGGAAAUACCCUUUCCGACGUACUCGCAUCUUUCUCUGUCAAGAACGACAAGAAGAUCUCUUUUCUCGAGCCUCGCGGCCUUGUAAAUUCUGGCAAUCUGUGUUAUAUGAAUUCUAUUCUUCAAGUAUUGAUUUUCUGCGUUCCAUUCUUCGAUCUCUUAGACAAGGUUGCACAGCGAGCAGUGCAUAGCUUCAAAAGUGAGACCCCUCUAAUCGAUGCAAUGAUAAUGUUCAUGCGCGACUUCAAGGUCAUCGACUCCGCAGAGUCGGCUGAGAAGCUUCGUAUGCGCCUCAAGGACAACGAGCUGGAGCAGUAUGGUGACCCGCUGUCUCCAGAGUAUGUGUACGAUGUAAUCAAGCGCCUUCCUCGUUUUGAUAAUAUGAAGCGUGGUUCUCAGGAGGACGCAGAGGAGUUCUUGGGUUUCUUGCUGGCUGGUCUACACGACGAAUGCGCACACGUCAUCAAGAGCGGACGGCGGCCAUCCGUCUCAGCCGAAGCUCUUACAUCCCCAAAGAGUGAACGUUCAGGCUCUGUCGACAGCGGGUGGCAGGAGGUCGGACCCAAGCAAAAGUCAGCAGUCACUCAAUCGUCGGGCGCCAUUGAGAUUGAAACACCUCUGACCAAGAUAUUCGGCGGUAAGCUUCGUUCCGAAUACAGGAAGCCUGGCGAGAAACCUUCCAUUACACUCGAGCCAUACCAGCCCCUGCAGCUGGACAUCAGCUCACCUGCCAUCAACAACAUCUCGGAUGCCCUCAAGGCCAUGACCCAUUUGGAGACGCUCGAUGGAUCCACCCGAGGUGCUCGCGCAUCCACCAAGCAAGUGUUCAUUGAAUCACUGCCCCCGGUGCUGAUCUUGCACCUCAAGCGUUUCCACUACGACGCCAACGGGCCUCAAAAGAUUUGGAAGAAGAUCGGAUAUCCACUCGAUCUUGAGAUCCCGAAGGAUGUGUUCCCGCAGCACAUGCGUGGCAGCUUCGGCGUUCGAGGGGGUCUUCCCCGCUAUCGCCUUACUGCGGUCGUUUACCACCACGGGAAGAACGCCAGUGGUGGGCAUUACACUGUCGAUCUCCGUCGCCAGGAAGGCCGCGAAUGGGUCCGGAUGGACGAUACCAUCAUCCGUCGUAUUCGCCCUGAGGACGUUGCGGAGGGUGGUGCUGAGGAAGACCCCAAGGCCCUGGCUGCUGCUUUGGAGCAACACAAGCAGGACGCAAGCAAGGGCCGCAACUUCUAUGAACUGGGGGGUGAGGAACAGGAGAGGAAGGAUGGGGGAGGCUGGAGCAAAGUCAACGGUGUAGACAAAAAAGGUUCCGAGAAGAAGUGGAGCGCCAUUGCCAACGGCACUGCUACCCCUCCGAGUGCUGGAAAGAGAACGCCGCUGCCGAAGGAGAAUGUGCGGGACAACAAAGUGGCGUACAUUCUCUUCUAUCAGCGCGUUGAGGCUUGA